AUGUCUGAUCCCAAGCCCCUCCCCUUUGUGUACCAGUUCGCCGCCGGCGCCGUCGCUGGUGUGUCCGAGAUUCUGGUCAUGUACCCUCUUGAUGUGAUCAAGACCCGAGUGCAACUUCAGACUGGUGUCGGAACUGGUGCAGACUCGUACAAUGGCAUGGUGGACUGCUUCCAGAAGAUUGUGCGCCACGAGGGUGCUUCGAGACUCUACAGAGGUAUCACGGCCCCCAUUCUCAUGGAGGCUCCCAAGCGUGCUACCAAGUUUGCCGCCAAUGAUUCCUGGGGCAAGUUCUACCGCGAGGCUUUUGGUAUCGCCCAGAUGAACCAGAGCUUGUCCAUCCUGACUGGUGCCUCUGCCGGUGCCACUGAAUCCUUUGUAGUCGUUCCCUUUGAGCUCGUCAAGAUUCGACUUCAGAACAAGGCCUCGGCCUCCCUGUACAGCGGUCCUCUGGACGUUGUCAGGAAGACGAUCAAGAACGAGGGUGUCUUUGCUCUGUACAAUGGUCUCGAGAGUACCUUGUGGCGACACAUUCUCUGGAACGCCGGUUACUUUGGUGUCAUUUUCCAGGUUCGCACGCUGCUGCCCAAGGCCGAGACCAAGCAGGGUCAAAUCACCAAUGAUAUCCUGGCCGGUUCCAUUGGUGGUACCGUUGGUACCAUUCUGAACACUCCCAUGGAUGUUGUCAAGUCUCGUAUCCAGAACAGCCCCAAGGUUGCAGGCACUACUCCCAAGUACAACUGGGCAUGGCCGGCUGUCAUGACUGUAGCCAAGGAGGAAGGUUUCGCUGCCUUGUACAAGGGUUUCCUGCCCAAGGUCCUCAGACUUGGACCUGGUGGCGGUAUUCUGCUCGUCGUCUACACUGGAGUCAUGGACUUUUUCCGCAAGAUGAGAGAAGAAAAGGCAUAA